CUGAGUGGGUGAGGAGGUUGCGCUGCGCUUGUGCGUGGUGUGUGUGUGCGUGCGCUUGCCGUCGUCCAGAUUUGAAGAGAACAUAAGCAGCUUCUGACGAAAAGAAUUUUCUUCCUUCAAGAGAUACAAUUGUGCUCUAUACGAACGGCUACAAUGUUAUACGAGUGGUGUACGCGACGUAGAUAGAUCGGGCUGGGCGGAGGAGGCGACCGGGGCAGAGGGGCGCCGCUGGCAUCAGGCAUGGCGUCUGAACAACAGCAGCAGCAACAGCAUCAACAGCAGCAGCAUCAACAGCAACAGCAGCAUCAACAACAUCAGCAAAAUGUACCGAGUCAAACAAAUCAACACGUGCUGUCGAGGAGUUCUCCACAGCAACAGAUUCAACAAGGUUCCUCAGCACUACCUCAGCAGAUAGACCUGUUAUCCCGCAGCAACAGCAGCAGCAACAACACAGCACCUGCUGCUGUGGACAGACAACAGCAGCAUUUGUCUGUUAGUGCUGGUGCAACAGCAGCACAAACAACAGCACCACCUAUCGUGCUAGAACAGCAGCAACAGCAACAACAGUUUUGUCUGAAAUGGAACAAUUUUCAGUCCAAUAUCGUGACGUCUUUCGAGAGCCUCCUGAACAAGGAGGAGCUGGUCGACGUUACCCUCACUGCCGAGGGCAAGAGUCUGAGGGCACACAGGGUGUUGCUCAGCGCCUGCAGCCCUUAUUUCAGCGACCUAUUCAAGGACCUACCCUCACACCAGCACCCGGUCAUCGUGCUGAGGGACACCAGGUUCCUGGAGCUCAAGUGUUUGCUGUGCUUCAUCUACCACGGCGAGGUGAACGUGUCGCAGGACAACCUCUCGUGCCUCCUCAACCUCGCAGAGAACCUUAAAGUCAAAGGCCUCGCGCAAGAGGCGCCAAAGAGGCACAACUCCAAAGACUAUGAGUAUGGCGGCAAGGGGAUGCUCAGCCCCGACCGUGAGGAAGACCUCAGCGACGGUGGGGACACAUCCGUCCCCCCCAAGCACCGGGGAGGCCGACUGCUCAGAUCUGAGGAAUCGAACUCGCCUUCCCCAGCCCCUCUUUCCGGCUUCCCCAACUACUCUGCGCUGGGGAACUUGCUGGGGAACAAACCUGCUGUUGAUCCUAGACCUCCUGGGGAGGAUAUGCCUUCCCCACGAGACCUCCGAGACUUGCAUUUGAACAAAAGACCCCCCGGGGUCUUACCUUUGGACCGACACAUGUCUUUGCUGCACCAACAACAACAACAACAACAGCAACAGUAUUCCCCUCCUUCUAAGAGACGCAAGAGGCAUUCAUCCCCCAACCAGCACAGCCCCACCCACAAUUCCUCAUGUCAUGUCCCCAACCAGAACUCCAGGGGCUUGACCCACCGCAGUCCAUCCCCAGGGCCCAACCCUAACGCCUCAUCUGGACCCCACAACUCCACCUCGGGGAGACGAACCCCAACGACCGACGAGAACAACUCCCAUGCCGUCAACCUGACCGUUUGCCCCACCUCUUCCCCACCGAGGCUCAUGAUCCCCAAGGUGGAGUUCGUGGGGUCUGAGGAAGAUUCCUCCGGUCCCCCAGACCGGGACCAGCGAGACCGCCUCUGUAGCUUCCUCGACAAAGGGGGACGUUUGGCCGGGAUGAUGUCGGGGAAGUUCGGGGGAGGAGGACCCAUGGGUCCUGACAGUGACCCAGAAGGGGAAGAGGAGCCACCGCCGCCCCACCACGAUGAAGACAGUGGGGACAUGGACACCCACUCGAGUGGGAUGCCACACCCUCUGUCCCACCAGCUCCCCCCGGGGCUGCAGCAGUCGUUCGUCCCCUACCCUCAGACGACCACCCACGUCGCCGCCGCCGUCGCCCACCACAUCGCCAGCUCCUUCCCCCCUGGACCCUCAGGCGUGGCCUCCUCCGUGAGCCCCGGCGGGUGGCGCAGUCACUCCGGCGACGCCCCGGGCUCUCCUCAGGAUACCACACCUGGCGAUUCGAUGAGCGCCCUGGAGAGUCUGGUGGACUCCUUGUCAACUGAACAAUCAACUGCUGACCACCGCAGCGGCCCAGUCGACGAACAAGAGGCAACAGUCAAAUGCAAGUUCCAAGAAGAUAUCGGCGAACAUUCAACAAAUCUUCAAGUCAAUUAUUCAAAGAUAAAUUUCAAUGAGAGCAAACAAAAUGAGUUUGCAGAUUCAAAGAAGUUGACUGAGAAGAGGACGUUCAAUGACAAACCUACUGAUGCCAAAUUUUUUGCAAACGAUGUUCUCAUUCAAGAUGGCUUACCAGAGCUGAAAGGCACGUCUGAAUUGUCCACAGAAACCAAAAUUGAACCUAACCAACAGACCGAAAAAUUGCCGAACUGCGAAAAUUUAGAGGGAAAUGAAAAUUUUUCGAAUACUUACUGCACUCGAAAUAAUUCCACAGAAUUGUCAAAUUUGGCUGAAGUGAUUAUCAAAGAGGAGUUCGAGGUUCCGUCCGAAGAAUUAAAUUUUAAUAUGAAACAGAAUGAAAAAGAUUGCAUCUCUCACAAAAAAUCGCUUCAUUUACAGAAGAGUGACAAAUCUUUCGUGCUGCCGUGUCGAAAUACUGCUGAGAGCAUCAAACCUAAGGUCAGCCUUGAAGACUCUUUCAAGUUUAGAACGCACGAUCUUCCUACAGGAAUACCAGAAAUUUUGCAGCACUCAUUGUUUUCUAAUGCCAUAAACAUAAGCCCCGUUUAUAAGUUAAAGAAAACUGGUCCAAAAGAGCUGGAAAAAAAUUACAUUAAAUCUAAUAUUGAAGAUGAAAUUCCUCCAACUCUAAUUAGUAAAGCAAAGCGUCUCGGUAGUAAGACGAAUGAGUAUGGAGAAACAAAUGAUGAAAGCGAAGACUUGGUAAUCAUAGAAGAUAAAAAUGAAGUCGAAAUAGACCCAAAUAUUUUUUUAAUAGAUGAUUCUAUAACUAACAUCGGUAAUAACAUAGAUGGAUACGCUUUUCCUUCAGAUUCAAGCAUUUACUACUCGUCGUCACGUGGAUCCUCGACCUCGUACCUUAACGCUGCUGAUAUGUCCGUGAAUUUGGCCGUCAGUCCGUCACGACAGAGCGUUUUGUGUCCGUUAUGUGGCCGACUUAUAGCGCAGCGACGCAGUCUCAAGCAGCACCUCAUGAGCAGCUUCCAUAAAAUGAACGCACAAGAAGCAGAUUUAACAGUCAAAACGUCCAACUAUGCCGCUCAUAAAUAGAAUUGUAUUUAAAAUGAUAUAAUUUGAGGUCAGCGUUAUAGAUUAGCAAUGUUUAGCUUGUCGCCGAUUUAAGACAUCGAAUAAUUUUUUCAGCUAGCGGCGAGUGUCGAUCUCUCAACUCACUGCUCCAACCAUCAUCACAUCGCAAAACUGAUGUUUAAAUCAUAAUGAAGCUUUUAAUAAUAUCCUUUAGCUAGAGAUUUUCGUGCGCAAUCGAAGCAUAUGUAGAUUUAUCUGUGAACGCGUUACUGCCAGGCAAUUAAAAUGCACUAACAUUUUAAUUGCCUUGCAUUUAUCUUUAAAUAAUUGCCACUACAAAACUACUGGUAGUUAUGCACACCCAACCAUGCACAACCAUGUUGAUCUGGUACGGGUUUGAACUAAUAAUUAUGUUUGUCAUUACUCUGCUGUGCUACGUUAGAAGAUAAUUUGCGGAAAUGUCGAUUUGUUGAAUUGUGUCGUUGAUAUCGUGUAUCGUGUAAUUUUAAAACGUU